GUAAAAGCAGCCCAACAGAGAAGGGUGAGGUGACAGCGGCAGCGGUGUGUGCCAGCUGCAGGGUGCCUGCCCGGGGGCACAGGACACUGGAGCUAGCCCUGGCUUGGGACAUGCCCCGGGUUCACUUUGGCUCUAAGGAGAAGCUGCACCUCAGGCGGUAUACCCGUUUUUUUGGCAGUGGAGGUGAUGCCGCUCCUGCGCUGUCACAUCACGCCCUGACGCACUAUGAGGAGUGGGAGAGGAAGAUCGAAGCGUGGCAGAAGCCCAUCCUGGAGGACAGCCAGCUGCCUUCCUGGUACAAGUCAGCCCUCUUCAAUGAGCUGUACUUCAUGACGGAUGGGGGGACCAUCUGGGUGGAGCUGCCCCCGGACUGCCGUGCCGAGGACCUGCAGGGGCCGGCGGGGGCUGGCCUCUCCCACCUCCUCCCUGUCCUGCGGGAGUACGGAAGGUUUGCUUAUUUGGAAGGCCAGGAGUACCGGAUGUACAACACCUAUGAUGUCCACUUUUACGCCUCCUUUGCUCUCGUCAUGCUCUGGCCCAAGCUGCAGAUCAGCCUGCAGUAUGACAUUGCUGUCACAGUGGUGAAUGAGGAUGUCCAGCCCCGACAGUACCUGAUGUGUGGUCAGACAGCCCAGGUGAAACUGAAGAAUGUGGUGCCGCAUGACAUUGGGGAUCCAGGUGAUGAGCCGUGGCAGCGUGUCAAUGCCUACCUGAUGCAUGACACGGCUGACUGGAAGGACCUCAACCUGAAGUUUGUGCUGCAGGUGUACCGUGACUACUACCUGACACACGACUACCUGUACUUGCGGGAUAUGUGGCCAGUCUGCCAGGCUGUGAUGGAGUCAGAGCUAAAGUUUGACACAGAUAAUGAUGGGCUCAUUGAAAAUGGUGGCUUUGCUGACCAGACAUAUGAUGCAUGGGUGGUAAAUGGAGCCAGCGCCUACUGCGGCGGGCUGUGGCUGGCAGCCGUCUGCAUGAUGUGCAAGAUGGCAGAGGUGCUCGGGGAUGCCAAGAUCCAGCAGAAAUACACAGACAUCCUGAGCAAGGGCAAGGAGGCGUUUGAGAGGAUGCUCUGGAAUGGAAAAUACUACAACUAUGACAGCAGUGGGAGUGACACCUCCAGCAGCAUCAUGUCAGACCAGUGUGCCGGGCAGUGGUUUCUUGGGGCUUGUGGCCUGGACCAAGGAGAGUUUGAGGUCUUCCCCAAGAGUCAUGUUGUCAGUGCACUGAAGACCAUCUUUGAGAAGAACGUCAUGAGCUUUGCUGGUGGCACCAUGGGAGCAGUGAAUGGCAUGAGACCCGAUGGGGUGCCCGACACCUCCAGUGUGCAGUCCAACGAGGUGUGGAUCGGCGUGGUCUACGCCUUGGCUGCCACCAUGAUCCAGGAGGGGCUCGUGGAGGAAGGCUUUCGUACGGCGGAGGGCUGCUACCGGACAGUUUGGGAGCAGCUGGGCAUGGCUUUCCAGACACCUGAGGCCUAUCGGGAGAAGAAGGUCUACCGCUCGCUGGCUUACAUGCGACCCCUUAGCAUCUGGAGCAUGCAGCUGGCCCUGGAGCACAGAGCUGGCCAGGCACCAGCACCCCUGCAGCACCCCCAGAUCCCCAUCCACCCUUAA